CCAUUAUCAGUGAUUCAUCAGUGAUUCACAAAUAUAAAUUAAUUACCACCAAAUGAGAUAAGAACCUAUAAAAACAAAUCACACAUCAAAAAUGAAAAGUGCAAUUUAAUUUGAGCAAGAUGACAAAUGACCAAUAAAUUUUAAUAAGGUUAUAUUUAAUAAUUUCCUCACUCAAACACAAGUUUUUAAAUGAAAUUGCAUAAUUUAGCAGUAUGGCAGAACAAGUAGAUCAAAAUUCUGAUGAAAAUAUGAUUAUGAAAGCAUGUUACGAAAAUUAUAUUCUUAUCGAUGUCGGUGCAAAUUUGACCAACAAGAAGUACAGCAGAGAUUUGGACUCUGUAAUACAGAGAGCCAAAGAUUCAGGUGUACAAAAAAUUAUGGUUACUGGCACUUCUGUAAAAGCGAGCAAAGAAGCUUUGAGAUUGACCAGGAUUUAUCCUAAUACGCUAUAUUCCACAGCAGGAAUUCAUCCACACGAUGCCAAAUCAUAUACAGACGAAACUUGGGAGGAACUCCGACGUUUAGCCGAAAAUCCGGAAUGUGUAGCCAUCGGCGAAUGCGGAUUAGACUACAACAGGAAUUUUUCAGAACCAGAAGAUCAAAGGAUGGUUUUUAGGAAACACAUCGAAUUAGCCAUCGAACUGAACAAGCCCUUAUUUGUGCAUGAGAGAGAUGCUCACGAAGAUCUACUUCGAAUUUUGGACGAUUUUAAAGGGAAACUACCCCCAGUUCUAGUUCACUGUUUUACCGGAAGUUCAGAACACGCCCUUGCUUAUCUCGACAAAGGGUUUUACAUAGGAUUAACAGGUUACUUAUGUAAAGACAAGUCAGAUACAGGGGUCCGGAAACUUCUGGAAGACGGUUCUGUGCCUUUAGACCGACUCGUGGUCGAAACCGAUGCCCCCUUCAUGUACCCUAACACUCGUGCCUCCAAAUUACCUAUUCACGUUAAAGACGGUCUAACAGAAAGAUCGAUGACUUUCCUCCAUCGCUACUGUACCUUCCAACGGAACGAACCCUGCUCCUUGCCUGCCAUAGUAGAAAUGAUCGCCGCAUUCAUGAAGAAGAAGCCUGAAGAGGUCGCUUUGGCGACAUCCUUCAACGCCAUGAAGCUGUUCGGUCUCUCGUAAUCGGCGGUGGCGUAUCGUUUCCUUUUAAUUUUAUUUAUUUCCUAACCGCUCAUCGAAACAAUUAUUCGACUGCAUAUCAAGCGAAAGUAACCCUUGUAUAUUUUUCGAGGAUCCUAGGCUUAGUUAGCUAAAUAUUGCCAUAGUUUGUAGACGAAAUGUUUUUUUAUAUGCUUUUGGGAAUAUUUAUUUACGAAGACAAGUAUUUUUAUCAAAUGACGACGUACAGGAUUCGUAGGUGUUGUUUGACGUUGUUUAUGCUUUUAAAGACAAUUAUGUUUGUUGUUGAGAAAAGAAAUUGUGGUCUCUAGUAAAGCUUUAUUUUUUUAAUUCGGGACAUGAUAACGAGUAGUUUUAACGAUUGUGCAAUCGAAAGGGUGUAUAUUUUUUAUACAUGUACGGGAAAUUUCAUACAUUUAGAUUAUAUAUUGUUGCCUGUUUGUGAUAUUCCUUUAGAUUUUUGUUAUGAAGCAAAACGGUGCCUUAUAUAUUGAAAAUAAAAUAUAAAAAUGAAAUAAA